CUUUGAGUGACGUCACUAUGCCUUUCUCCGCGGAGCUCGAUGGGAAGGAAAAACGUGAUUUUCAAGGAUGGAGUACAUUCAGUCUGCCUCCACAAGCACUCAGGGAAAUAUCCUGUGCUGCACUUGUGGCAUCCCAAUUCCUCCCAACCCGGCCAACAUGUGCGUGGCUUGUCUGCGCACUCAGGUAGACAUCUCAGAGGGAAUUCCCAAACAAGUCACUGUGCAUUUCUGCAAGCAAUGUGAACGGUACUUGCAGCCUCCAGCCACAUGGGUGCAGUGUGCUCUGGAGUCCAGGGAGCUGCUUGCGCUUUGUCUGAAAAAACUCAAAUGCUCUAUGACUAAAGUGCGCCUUAUUGACGCUGGCUUCCUGUGGACAGAGCCUCACUCCAAAAGGAUUAAGAUAAAGCUCACCAUACAGAAGGAGGUGAUGAACGGUGCCAUCUUACAGCAGGUGUUUGUGGUGGAAUUUGUCAUCCAGCCUCAAAUGUGCGAUGACUGCCACCGCGUGGAGGCCAAGGACUUCUGGAAGGCUGUGGUACAAGUCAGGCAGAAGACUGCUCACAAAAAGACAUUCUACUAUCUGGAGCAGCUAAUCCUCAAACACAAGCUCCACCAGAAUACCGUCAACAUCAAAGAAAUUCAUGAGGGCAUCGAUUUCUACUACGGCUCCAAGCAGCACGCUCAAAAGAUGGUUGACUUCCUCCAGUGCACUGUGCCUUGCAGGUCAAAGUUGUCCCAGCGGCUCAUCUCUCAUGACAUCCACUCAAACACGUACAACUACAAGACAACAUACUCUAUGGAAAUUGUACCUGUUUGCAAGGAUAACGUUGUGUGCCUGUCACCACGGCUGGCGCAGAGCCUAGGAAACAUGGGUCAAGUUUGCGUGUGCGUCCGUGUCACCAGCACAAUCCACCUCAUCGAUCCAAAUACCCUCCAGAUUGCCGAGGUUGACGGGAGCACAUACUGGCGCCAUCCCUUCAGCAGCCUAUGUAACCCACGGCAACUGGAGGAGUUUAUCGUUAUGGAUAUUGACAUCAUCAGAGACCAGAAGCUGUCUGCUGGAGCUUGUAUGAGGUCCAAUAAGCACACCUUGGCUGAAGUGUGGGUACAGAAGACAUCAGAGAUGGACACUUGUCAGCAGUAUCACUGCCGCACAUUUUUGGGCCACUUGCUAAACAUUGGAGACCUAGUGAUGGGGUUUGACUUUGCCAAUUCCAAUGUCAAUGAUGAGUUCCUGAAUAAGAUGAACCCUCAUUAUGUACCUGAUGUGGUGCUGAUCAAGAAGAGCUAUGACCGCAGCCGCAGAGUGAGACGCAGGAACUGGAAACUGCAGGAGAUGGCCAAAGACAGGGAAGGAAUGGAUACAGAUGAUGAGAGACAAUACCAGGACUUCCUGGAGGACCUGGAGGAAGAUGAGGCCCUGAGGAAGAACGUUAACAUCUUCAGAGAUGCCUCCAAGAUGCCGGUGGAGAGCGACACCGAUGAUGACGGUGCACCAUUUAUUACCCUGGCUGAAAUGCUGGAGGACCUCCACCUCUCGGACGCCACGGGAGGCGAGGGGGCUGACAUGAUAGAGUAAACAAAGCCACAAGAGUUGAGCUAAAGCGUCUCAUUUUUAACUCUCAAAUGAGACCAGAUGAUGUUAUCAGAGAUAUUAUGAUAUUUGAAAAAAAAAAUCAUGUCAUAUUGUGAAUAAGUAGGGCUGUUCAAAAACAUACCAAAAUAUACAUAUGUGAAGGACUUUGGGAUGUCUUGCUUGAAAUCUAAGGCAAGGAUAGAGUGUGCAAAUGGCUGACAAGGGCAAAAGACAAACUUGUGGUCAAUGCUCCAUUUAGUGGCUAUCGACAUCCAAAUUUAUGGAAUCGGAACCAUUAUGGAGCCAUUAGAUUUUGCCACGAAUUUUGCCAAGAAUCAAUUGACAAAUAAAAUUUAGACCAAAAAAAUGGAUGUAAUGGU